AUGGACAGUUUCUUUGUAACUUUUGUGUAUGGUAUGAAUAUUGAAGAGAGUCGAAAUCUUUUGUGGAAGCACUUGCAGGACCUAUCUAUGGAAGAUCCUUGGAUUGUAUUGGGAGAUUUCAAUGAUAUAUUGGUUAAGGAGGAGCGUAUUGGUGCUAGAGUUAAAUAUACUAAGGCUCAUUCUUUUCAGAGGUGUGUGGAGAUUUGCCAAUUGGAAGAUGUUAAAUUUAGUGGGAAUUUCUAUACCUGGAAUAACAAACAGCAGGGCCAAGAUCGAAUUUACUCGAAAAUUGAUAGAAUCUUGGCUAAUCAAAAGUGGUUGGAUACUUAUGGAGCUGCAGAGGUACACUUUAUGAAUGAGGGGUUAUUUGAUCACUCUCUAGCGAUUCUCACUGUAACACCUGUUUUAGUCACUGGUAGGAAGCCUUUUAAAUACUUUCGCAUGUGGAAGUCCUUUCCUGGUUUUCAAGAUCUGGUGCACAAUGAUUGGAUUCGUCCUAUAGAUGGCACUCUGAUGUACAAAGUGGUUCAGAAGCUUAAAAGACUAAAGAGCACUUUGAGACUGAUUAAUAAGCAAGGAUUUACGGACAUUCAUGUUGCUGAUUUGGAGACCUCGCAUGCUUUAACUGAAUGUCAAGAUCAAUUGAAUAAGGAUCCUCUAAAUCCCAGACUUAUUCAAUUGGAGCUUGAAGCUCGUCAAAAAUACACUGACAUUCAUAGAUCUUACUGUUCUUUCUUGCAGCAAAAAGCUAAGCUCAAUUGGAUUCAAGAUGGUGAUACUAACUCAGCUUUGUUCCAUGCUCGCAUUAGAGAGAGGCGAAAUCAGAAUAGAAUUUGCUCUAUUACUUCGGAAUUGGGUGAAUGGAUAGAUCAGCCUGAUAUGGUCACAGCAGCAUUUCUGGAUUAUUAUCAGAAGUUACUGGGCAGUAAGAUGGCUGUGAGGAAUAAAGUGCUUACAAAAAUAGUUUCUCUGGGUACAUUCCUUACUACUUCGCAUGUUAACAAUCUGUUGCUGCCUUAUAGUCAAGAGGAAGUUAAAAAAGCCAUUUGGGAGAUUCCUGGAACAAAGGCAUCUGGUCCGGAUGGAUAUUGCAGUUUUUUCUUCCAGGAUAAUUGGAAUUUAGUUGGAGAUGAAGUAUGUGAUGCUAUACUGUCAUUUCUGCAUUCUGGGAAAAUUCUAAACGAAUUGAACUCUACUGUUUUGACUCUUAUUUCGAAAAGUAAAUGCCCAAAACAUGUGAGUGAUUAUAGACCCAUAGCCUGUUGUAAUGUACUCUAUAAAGCUGCCACGAAGAUGAUAUGCACAAGGUUGAGGGCUGUUCUUCUGGUGCUUGUAGCUCAAAAUCAAGGAGGUUUUGUCAAGGGGAGAUCUAUCGCUCACAAUAUCAUGAUAUGUCAAGAUUUAGUCCAUCAUUAUGCAAGGAAAGUUGGGAAACCUAAGUGUAUGAUCAAGCUUGAUUUGCGGAAAGCUUAUGACACUAUUGAAUGGGAUUUUAUUGAGGAAAUGCUUGGAGCUUUCAAUUUCCCAAGUAAAUUCAUUCAGCUUGUUAUGCAGUGUGUUCGCACUCCAAAAUUCUCGCUUAUGUUUAAUGGCUCUUCCCAUGGAUUUUUUGAGUCUAAGAGGGGGCUGCGGCCGGGCGAUCCUAUGUCUCCGUUAUUGUUUGUAUUGGGGAUGGAAUACCUUUCAAGAAUUUUGCAUCGAGUAGGAAGUAAAAAGGAUUUUAAAUUUCAUGCUAGGUGUGAAGGGAUCAAACUUAAUCACCUUAUCUUUGCUGAUGAUAUUCUGUUAUUCUGUCAUGGUGAUUUCAGAUCUAUCUACUAUAUGCUUCAAGGAUUGCAGCUCUUUUCUAGCACUUCUGGGCUUUGUCCAAAUCAGACUAAAUCGGCUGUCUACUGUAGUAAUAUGAAUGAGCAUGAAGUCCAACGAAUCCUUGAUGCUUCGGGUUACAGUAGAAGUGCUCUGCCUUUCAAAUAUCUUGGAAUUCUGAUCUGCUCCAAGCGAAUUUCAGCAAAGGAUUGUGAGGUUCUUCUUGACAAGAUGCUUGCUAGAAUUAAAUGCUGGAGCUCCAGAAAUAUUUCUUUUGCUGGCCAGGUUACACUGAUCAAUUCAGUUCUUCUUUCAAUUCACUCUUACUGGAGUCAGAUUAUGAUUAUUCCUAAAAAAGUAUUGAAUGAGAUUGCAGCCAUUUGUAGAGCUUUCCUUUGGACAGGGCAGGCCUAUUCAACCAGACCAGGUCGUAUAGCUUGGGACCUAGUUUGCAAUUCGAAGAACUCAGGUGGUUUAGGAUUCAAGAACAGUAGGGACUGGAAUAUUGCAGCCCUUGGAAAGUAUAUUUGGGCUGUUGCUGAGAAGAAAGAUGACCUUUGGGUUAAAUGGGUCCAUCAUGUCUAUAUCAAACAAGUAGAUUGGUGGAAUUACAUUGCCCCUGCUUCAAGUAGCUGGUAUUGGAAGAAAGUUGUGGAAGUUAAAGAGAAAUUUAAAAAUCUGUUCUCAUUGCCGCAAGUUAAACCUGAGAGAUAUCAGAUCAGAUAUGGAUACAAUAUUAUUCAUGCUGAAUACACCCAAACAUAG